CCCGGAUGUGCCGUUAGGGUAAGCAUGGCAGUAAACAGUCGGUUUGCUGCUGUUCCACGCCAUCUCGAUGGCUAAAGAGUCUCGAAAGCAAUGCGUCAAGAAGCGGUCGCCUGGGUCGCUUUCAGGUGUUGCCUUCUUGUCACGCACGCCGUCCAAGGCACCGACGCAGCUGACCGCUUUGUACAGACCGUCUGAUGCCAGGAAGUCGACUAGGACGGCCUCUGCUUCCGGUGCGAGGUCUCGCCCUGGUGGCGCUUUGUCGCCGUCUGUGAAGUUGAAAGUGCUUGGUAAUUCGUCUGGGAGGUCGACGCUGGUGCCGGAAUGGCCUCUGAAUAGUGGAAGACCGUCGAGGCUGAGCUACAGUAAUGCAAAACCUGAUGGAGAUUCCAAGCCGGUGUUCAAGCAUAGAGGCUCUACAGCGCCUCUAGAAAGACGAGUGAUUGAUAAAACAAAAGCUAGGAAACGUGAUGCAACUGACAGACUGCCUAGUGUGGAUGAGGUUAAGCCGGAAGAUCUGAGUAAUGCCAUUGAUACGAAGUCAAGCCAAACAGUGAUCGAACGUUCUGUUGUGUUGGAACCUGGUCUCGACUCUGGACUGCAGUCACUUAGUACAUCUAGCAGCACUAUUGCUCAGUCAUCUGUCAUGCUGGCGUGGUCGGAUGAAGCAAAUUUGCAGUCGUUGCGUAUACCUUCGGUGAGUGAACCGAGUCUAGACAUGCCAACAACGACACCAGUGUCAUCUGAUUCUGAGUAUGACACUGACAUUGAAGAGGACUUUAAAAAGACAAAGGAGCCAUACGAUGCAAGCGCAAGGGACGUGUAUGAAACUGAAUGCAAGAAAUUGAGCCUUACUCCUGCUAAAUUUAUGUGUCGUCAUAUGGGUGAGACAUCGGUGACCAUGAGACAUCACAGCCUGGGAGCCGAUGGUGGACGAUGUCUUGCUAAAGCUAUUGCUAGGAAUGCCUUCAUAGAGCAUCUCGACUUGACUGACAACUACCUGGAAAGUGAAGGGGGUGUGGCAUUUGCAAGCAUGCUCCUUGAGAACAGCAUUAUCAAGGAAUUGGAUUUGAGUGAAAACUUUUUGAGAUCGCGUGGUGGCACGGCGUUUGCACAGGCAUUGAAAGUGAAUGAAAGUUUGAAACGUCUUUCUCUCAGAUCUAAUCAUCUAAUGGACAUGGAUGCGAAGAUAUUUGCAGAGAUGAUGAAGAUAAACAUCACACUAGAAAAACUCGAUUUGAGUUACAACUCGUUUGGUGCUCACGGAGGCAUCUACCUGGGAGGUGGCCUGUCUGUGAAUUGUACAUUGAAAGUCUUAGAUCUCAGAUACAAUUGUAUCACACUGAGAGGUGGUGUUGCAUUAGCUACAGCUUUAAAGACAAACGAUACUCUUGAAGUUCUGAAUCUGUCUGGAAACGGUUACGCUCUUCUUGGCUGCAUGGCAUUUGCGAAUUCGCUUCGUGUCAAUAGAACUCUACUGGAGCUGGACCUGAGCAACAAUCGAAUACAUGAUGAAGGUGCUAAGUAUUUAGCAAAAGGAUUGGCGAAGAAUGAAGGUCUGCAGGUUUUUAAGGUUGGGAAGAAUCCGAUUGGCAUGGCAGGAGUGGAAGAAUUGAUACGAAGCGUAAAGUCUAAUCAGUCGUUAAGACUUGUAGCACUCGAGGAGUUGAAAAUAUCUGCAAAGGCAAUGGAGCAGAUUCGAGAACUCAAUAGAUUGCGAGGUCUUAUGGUUGAACACGGUCGGAUGUCGUUCUAUGAGAAAGAGGUUGAGCCAGAGAUGGGGAUUGAUCUUGUUGUCAAGUUUAUUCAGGAGCACAGAUACAGACUCAUAGAUUUGUUUUUUCGGCUGGACAAGGAUAGGAGUGGGGAGGUCACGUGUCGGGAGUUCAAACGAGGAUUGAAGGAGACAGGCUUGGGCAUGAGUGAUGAGCAGCUCACUGACAUGAUAAACAUGCUGGAUCUUGACAGCAAUGGCCGUAUUAAUUACAGUGAGUUGUGCAGUGGCAAACAGGAUGUGAUUCAAGAGAGACGCAGACGUGUGAAGUUGGUGCAAAAGAAAACGCUUUUAGACCGUCAGCGGAUGCGGUUACCCACAGCAUAUUUCAAGUUUGACGUCACAGGCAAAUGACCUGAAUUUAUUAGAUCAGGAUUAGUGCAGAAUAGACCGCCGUUGCGAGAGUAUUUAUUUUUAAUUUUGUGUAUUUUUCACGAGUGGCCGCCGGGCGGUUUCUAUUUGAAAACAAUCAUAUUUCAGACGAAAAUACACUUGCAGAUU